ACUUAUGUGUAUACGCUUAGAGGAAAUGUAACCGUCUCCACCCAAAACUCAAACUCUGGAGAUUUCUGGGACAACUGCCAGUAAUACCAGUAGACAGUGACAUACACUGGAAAGCUCUGUAACUGCUUGCACACUGAGUCUACAUGUGAUGGAAUGUUGAGAUUGUAAAUAUACUGAAUAAAAGGGAACUCUCCUGUCUAAGUAGAAGAGGAAACUGUUGACAAAACAGCAGGCUAUUGGUUUUUCCCAAAAACUACACAAUGGAGAUCCAGAUAUUUUUUCUGCUAUCGCUCUAUAAAUUUACAGUUUUCAAAGGAGCAUUAGGCACAACUCAUGUAUUACAGAGAAGAGGGCUCUUUGAACUGGAUGGAGCCAUUAAAUGUGAAGCUGGCCGAAGUUCUCUCAUUUACAUUGGCUAUGGAUGCUAUUGUGGACUUGGAGGCCACGGAAUGCCAAAGGACAACAUAGACUGGUGCUGCCACAAACAUGACUGCUGCUACGAUGAGGCAGAAAAACUGGGUUGCAAGACCAAGAUGGGAAGUUAUAAAUGGACUUGUAAAGAUAGUUCUGUACAAUGUGAUGCGUUAGAGGACAGAUGCCAAAAACUGACGUGCAAGUGUGACAAAGAUAUAGCAAGAUGCCUGCGCAGUACUUCAUAUAAUGCAAAGUAUAUACUUUAUCCAAAUUUCUUAUGUGGAUCGAGCACUCCGGCAUGUAAUAUGUAUAAGAAACCAAGGAAAACGAGCAAAGAAGACAGUUCUACUGAGUGAGAAAGCAAAUGAUGCACAUGACUGUGAAAUAUAUUUUCAUACGAUUGUGCAUUCACAAGAAACUUUGAACAGUUGUGCUAAUUGUUAAGAAUUCUUUCCUUUCUGGAAAACCAACAGAAGUCUGGGGGUGUCUGUUAAAAUUAAAU